GGCCUGGUAGCGGGGACUGGCUGGGGGUCGGGGGAUUCUCUGUCCGCACUCUUCGUGGACGGCGAACGGUGUGUCGGACCCGCGGGGAAGAGGGGUUGCUCGUGUGUGUAUUCACGGCGGCGACGCGAACGCGGGCGCGCAACGGAACGAACGAAGUCGACAACGAAAUGCAGGCUUAUCAUCAGUUCCCGCUUUGUGUCGGCCGUUCAAAUUGUCCGUUCCUUCUUGUUUGGAAACUGCGUGGUUAAGAUGUCGGCUAAUGGCCAGCAUUAUUGCCUGCGGUGGAACAAUUAUCAAUCAAACAUGACAUCUGUAUUUCAUCAACUUCUUCGCAAUGAAUCGUUUGUUGAUGUGACUUUAGCUUGCAAUGAAAGUACUCUUAGAGCGCACAAAGUAGUCUUGUCAGCUUGUUCUUCAUAUUUUCAAAAACUAUUGAUGGACAACCCUUGUAAACACCCAACCAUUAUAUUACCUUAUGAUAUAAGCUUUAGUGACCUCAAAUUUAUCAUUGAAUUUGUGUAUAGAGGUGAAAUUGAUGUUUCACAAUCAGAACUACAAUCUCUGUUGAAGACGGCUGAUCAAUUAAAGAUUAAAGGCCUGUGUGAAGUUCCUGAAGAUGAACGGGAUACUUCUAUUACUGCCGAAGUAACUCCUCUAGGACCACUGAAGACUGGAGGACGAGUAUUCACUAAGUUGCAACGUAGAAAUUCACCAUAUAUAAAAAAAUUAAGCCCCAACGGUGGUUGUUUUCAACACGAGCAGUAUAACAGGAGUUACUAUAGAAUUGAACAAUCGGGUUUUACUCCCGUUUGUAUUGACCAAGGACACAAAACAAUUGAUUCCUCUCACUGUAUGACUGUAGCUACAUCGACUGAAGAUGAUGACAAAGAAAUGAAACCAACUAUCACGGAUUUACCGGUCGUUAUUUUGGAUCCGCAAGCUACAUUAAACGUACAAGCUCAACAACAAACACAAAUAGUUCAUAUGAACAUGUCUACUCAACCUCAACUAAGCCAUAUAUCGCAAUCUCAACUGCAGCAAGCUGCUGUCCAAACAAAUACACAAAUGAUAAUGACAUCAAGUCCAGUUAUGAGUGUAUCUGAAGCCGAUAUUCCUACAGAAGGUCAACCUGUAGGUCCAAGAGCAACGCCAGUGCCUAUCAAACCAAAUUCCAGUCAAUCUGUAACCCCGACCCAUCGUGACAUGGCAGUUGGUACAUCAAGUUCUAAUGAUAUGGCAAAUGAUGGGAGUGAAAUGAAGUAUGAGAGUGUCAAGUUUGAAACACUAAGUACAAUUGAUCAAUCUUCAGAUGCCAUCGGAAUAGACCACCAGCAAACUAGAGAUCGCAUUACGAAUAUGCAUGAUGACGAUAGUUCAAUGCAUACAAUGAUGAUAACACCUGAAUUAUUAAGUCUACUACCAAAUUCUUCUAACACUGGAGAUGUAAGCGACGAUAACUCAAAUAGUACAACGAACAAACAGUAUGGUACCAACAGUGGAAAAGGUUGGACUACAGAAGACAUGGAGAACGCUUUGGAAGCAUUACGUACACAUAACAUGUCUCUUACUAAAGCUUCAAUAACGUAUGGUAUUCCAUCAACGACGCUGUGGCAAAGGGCUCAUCGUGCUGGUAUAGACACACCUAAAAAAGAUGGUCCAGCCAAAUCAUGGAACGACGAUGCUUUAAAUGUCGCUUUAGAAGCCCUACGUACUGGUUCCAUAUCAGCCAAUAAGGCUAGUAAAGCUUAUGGCAUUCCUAGUAGUACAUUGUAUAAGAUAGCGAGGCGUGAAGGUAUUCGAUUGGCAGCACCAUUUAACGCAGCGCCCACGUCUUGGGGUCAAGAACAAUUGGAACAGGCUUUACACGCCAUUCGUACAGGACAAACCACAGUGCAAAAAGCAGCAGCCGACUACGGAAUACCUUCUGGUACACUAUAUGGUCGUUGUAAACGGGAAAAAAUUGAGCUGUCCCGCAGCAAUCCUACGCCUUGGUCCGAGGACGCAAUGAUGGAAGCUUUAGAAUCUGUGCGUUUGGGUCAGAUGAGCAUCAAUCAGGCGGCAAUACAUUACAACCUCCCAUAUUCGUCACUAUAUGGUCGGUUCAAGAGAAUCAAAUAUGAAGCCGGUCACCUCGAUGAAGAUUGCGAAGGCAUGAUCGUUUCCGACACACAAGGUGAACAACACCAGCACAUGCAGCAGCAGCAGCAGCAGCAGCAGCACACAACAACAACAACAACAACAACAACAACAACAACAACAACAACAACAACAACAACAACAACAACAACAGCAACAACAGCAGCAGCAGCAACAACAACAACAACAACAACAACAGCAGCAGCAACAGCAACAACAACAACAGCAGGUCAGCCAACAAGUGCAACCCACACCAAUGUCUCAGAUAAUGUUGGUGCAAUAUCCAGCUCCAACACAAAUACAAAUGUACCAACAACAUCCGACUCACUCAUCGACCAGUUGAGACGAAGUGAAAUACCUGCAGCCACUGUGAUAUGUAAACGUAGCAGCAGGUUUUCACCGUCCUUAAGUUUGGUUUGUGGUUGUGUUCAAUACUUUAAUUAGCAGUAGUUUUAUUGUCUGUGAUAAUAAUAUAAUGUUAAAAAUGUUUUAUUUUAAUUUAUAAUAGCGUAGUAUAUAUGUAUACAAAUUAAUUGAAUUUGUAAGUCGACAAAUUGUACAGUAUAAUCAUAUUAACUAUUAGAACAAUUUUUUUUUUGAGAGGAUGUAUGACAUCUGAGAUAAGUCUCAGAUACAAUCUAAAUUUCUCAAAAACUUUAAUUUCCUUAGCUUUAAUUUUGAUAUUUUCUUAUAACUUGGCUACAAAAUUAUUAUAUUUUUUUAUGAGUUCUCAGUUAAAUUUAAUAGUCAUUAAAUGUCUUGACUUGCUCUGAAAGACAUAACAAUGAUCACACAUUUUAUACUAUUAUAUUAAAGUAUUUAGAGCCCUCUUGAACUGCAUCAGUAUUUAUUUUACAUUUUUUACUUCUUAAGGUACCUAGUACAUUUAAAUAAUUAUACAUA